AGGGCUAAGUAUUGAUUCUCUAUUUUCUUCUUACGGAUUUUGUCACUUUAUGCUGUCCUAUACUAAAUAGUCUGCCGUAGUCAUCAGCGGUAUGUUGUCCAAGGCUAAGUUGCGCAUAAUUUGCGACGUUAGAAGUCGUUUGUCGGUGAGUGCUAGCCUUAUUAUGAGUGUUCCAAGCCUCGCUGAUUACGGAGUGUCUGAGUCUCGCGGAUUUGUACCUGAUGACGACCCUCCAUUGUGUCUUCCUUCCUACUUUUCUCGUUGGGACGAGCUUGCUGCAAGUAUUCCAUCUCUUCUACAAGGAGAGAGUUCGACGUUAAAGGAACUCGUCUCUUCUCUUCCUCUUCUCGAUCAUACGAAAUUAGACGAGCCGCGUUACGUCCGUAGAGCCCAUCUGCUGCUCACAACAAUUGCUCACGCAUACGUGUGGUGCUCAGGAGACUCUGGCGUGUCCAAAGUCCUGCCCAGAAAUGUUGCCAUUCCUUGGGUAGGAGUCAGCGACACACUUGGUUUGCCUCCCAUUAUCACCCACUGUGAUUUUGUAUUGAACAAUUGGACAAAGAUUGAUCCAGAAGGGCCACUUGAACUCGAUAAUCUCAAGACCAUCGUGUCUGUAUCAGGAUGUGGAAGGGAUGAGGAAUGGUUCUGGCUGUUGACUACUCAAGUGGAACUCUGCGCAGCUCCUGGUAUCAAAGCUAUUAUUGAAGGCCAAAGAGCGGUUCUAGCCGAUGAUUGGAAUUGUCUAGCAAAACGUUUGAUAACGAUUGAGAAGUCUGUGUGUUCCAUGACUUCAACAUUGCCUCGAAUGUAUGAACAUUGUGAUCGACACAGGUUCUUUAAUGACAUGAGACCAUUCAUUGCUGGGUGGAAGCACAGUAAGGUUCUACCCGAUGGUCUCGUCUACGAAGGUGUAUGGAAAGAACCAAAACAGUUUGCAGGUAGCAGUGCCGGUCAGAGCUCGGCUGUAGCUUGUUUUGAUGAAGCAUUGGGUUUUAACUUUGAGCCAGAAGAUGGAAACAAGGAGCAGAUGAUUAGCUGGGAGUUUAUUAGAGAACUUCGUGAUUACAUGCCAAGAGAGCACAGAGAUUUUCUGACGGCUGUGAAGAAUGGACCUUCCAUUCGAGAGUACGUAAAGGCGUCUGAUCAGAUAGAACUGAAACAGUUGUACAAUGCCUGUGUGAAUGCUGUCUUGAAGUUUCGAUCAGAGCACAUCAAGUUAGUCACUAGUUACAUCAUCAUACCGUCAACUCAGUCCAAGGGUGAUCACAAGAGUCUUGAUGAUCAAGGAACAGGAGGGACAGCAAUUAUGCCUUUUUUGAAGUUUAUUCGUAACCGAAUUCAACAGCAUCUUUUGUAAGAUCUAGACUCGGCAUUGUUUGAAAUUUAUAUUGAGAAUGAUAUACUAAAGAUAAAC